AUGAAUGUUUCUAAUUUACCUGAGCCAAAUAUUAUUAUUGGUCAAAAUACUAUAGAUCAAAAUAUUACAGAUCCAAAUGUUAUAGAUCAAAAUACCACUGAUUCAAAUUCAAGGGCUUUCCAUUUCACAUGUUUAGUGCCUCCACUUGAUAUUGACAAUACACCACAAGGAAAUUGGUAUUGUAGAGUUUGUCAUGCAGAAGAAAAUCCACCAUCAGGUCCACAAGGCUUAUUUCAAGAAUUAAUAGAAAAAGCACGCUCAUCUAAUCCUAAAUCUUUUUCACUUCCUGAAAACUUAAGAAAUACCUUUGAAGGAGUUGGUACUGGUCAAUAUGGAGAAUAUAAUGGUGAAUUAAAAGAAUAUGAUUAUUGUGAAUUUCGAAAAGAUGAAUAUGGUCAAUGGAAAAAAUGUUAUAUAUGUGAAAGAGGUCCUUGUCAAAUACAACCAAUGAUUUCAUGUGACUAUUGUUCACUUAGUUGGCAUUUUGAUUGUUUGGAUCCACCUAUGGUGAUCCGCCCACCAAUUAGCAAAAAGUGGAUGUGUCCUGCUCAUGCUGAUCAUACUUUGCCACCUAUAAGAAAAUUUAAAUCUGAUAAAAAUCUUCCCUUUUCAGACAAUACUAUAGUUCAAUUACCUCAAAAAAAUUUAGUUGAAUGUGAUCCUGAGUUUUUCCUUAAUGAUAGGAAACAUCGGGUACCAAAAUAUGAAAUGCGUGAAAUUGAAAAAUAUCGUAAAGAUGCUCGCUAUAAAAAAUAUGUUUAUAAUGUUGAUAAAAUUUUACAAUCAUUUGAUAGAGAAGUCAAUGAAUGGGCUGAUUUUAUAUCAUUUCUAACGAGACUUUUGAAGUCUCUUAAAGAUUUUCCACAAUUUCCAGUAAUACCAAGAAAAUUGGUGGUUGGUAAACGUCUAGCUCAGUCUUUGAAUCCAGCAUUACCCCCAGGAGUACAUCAAAAAGCUUUAGAAGUUUAUGAUUAUAUAUUUGAUAGCAUAGGGGUCGAACAAUUAGAAGAAGACCUGCCCAUAUAUUCUCAAGGCUUAUUUCCAUUCUUUCAAUAUGCUACCAUGUCAGUUAAGCCUCAAUUACUUGGAUUAUAUGAAAAAUACUUCUUCCCAAUAAAAAAAGGGUUAAGACCAGUAAUGAAAGCUUUUAUUACAGCGUUAUUACCUGGUCUUGAAGAAGAAGGAAGCGAAUUUUUUGAAAAAUGUAUGUGGUUAGUGUUAAUUACAUCUCCUUCCUUGCGCAUCCCAGCAUUAAAUUUUUUAAAUUUAAGAAUGCCAAAGAUCAUAACCAAAGAAGACUUGGCUGUAGUGUUAUGUGAUGAUGUUGGUAUUAUGGUUCAGGCUUUUUCAGCAACCUUAAAUGAUUCUCAUAAUUUGGUUCCAAGAGCUCUUCUUCAAUUACUAGUAGUUAGUUUUCCAUUAAAAAUAGUGAAACAAAAUGAAUUAGUAAUGUUGAUGAAAACAGCUGCAACAGUAGUUUUAAGAAAAGACAUGUCCUUAAAUAAGAGACUUUAUGCUUGGUUACUAGGACCUGAUGAAAAUCAUGAUCAACAGAUUAAGCAUUUUCAUGAAUAUGGUAAAUCUGCACUUAUCAUUGCUAUGAGGGAGUUAUUUUUUGAGAAGACAAAUGACCUUUUAACAGCACAGAAACCAUAUAAAAUAUUAAUAUCUUUGAUGGAUAAAUGGGAAAUUGGACAACCAAUAAUUCAAGAAUUGUUAAUUGAAAUACUACAAUCAUUGAAAAUAAAAGUUGAAAAUUCAUCUUUUGGACAAGAAUUAUUACAAACUGCAAAUAUGUUUCUUGAAAUGAUUGAUCCAUAUUUAAUUUGGAUGAAAUUAUAUAAUUCAAUUGAUGAUGGUUUCUCUGCAGAUGGAUUAGAUACUUCAGGAUUAGAACUUGUUAAUUUUGUUUUGAACUCAUUUAAAAUGCAUGAAGAAGAAGUAGAUCAAAAUAUAUCCAAUAGUACAAAAUUCAUAGAAAUUAUACCGCAAAUUGAACCAGCAUUACAAUUAGCAUUAGAUCUUUUAGUAAAGAUUCCCAUCAAUGUAUUUAGUGUUCGUGGCAGAGAAUCAAAGAAGGAAAUUUUGGGAACUAUUAAAAAGUCAAAUAAUUCUAUUUCUUUAGACUCUUUAAACCCAAUUGAUGAAACUAUAGAAAAGCAAAUAGGAUUUGAUUCAUCAAUUGGAAUGGAUCCAUUGAAAUAUAUAGGUGACUAUUAUAGUUGUGAAUCUGAAAAUAAAGAUGUUGUUGGUAUUCGUGGAAGGCAUCUUGUAGAAGAACUGUUGAAAGCAAUUCAAGGAUUUUUGAAUAACUUGAUUAGUUGUUUAUUGACUGAAAAGCAAUGUAAUGAUGUAUUUGAUUAUUCAGGAAAGUUUAUUAUCAUAAUGGAUCAUAGUUGUGGAUUGUUGAGAAACGUUGCGGCACAAUUGCAUUCUGUACGCUAUGAUGUUGCAGAAUAUGAGGAACUUAGAUACAAGUUUUUUUGUGAUGGAUGCAUUAGUUCAUUAAUUAAAUGUUGUUAUAUUGUUAAGAAUUUUAAUAUAAUUGACUCUGCAUUGUCAACACUUUUAGACAUUAUGGUUGAUAAGCGAUUGAUUUCUACAAAAUUAAUUGAUAAUAAACAACAAAUAAGACAAAUCGUUGAUACUUUGUGGUCAUUUUUGGCACCUCAGUAUGAAAUAUUACACUUGAGAACUGUCCAGCUUAUAUGGAAACUUAAAGAUAUAUCUAAUGCAAAUCAUGUCGAGGCUGUAAUAUCUGAAUAUUUAAUACACAAGGAUGCUGCUACAAGAGUUUCAAAUUAUGAACGUUUUGGUCUUUUUUGGGAUCUAUCAAAAGAUUUUGAUUCUAACGACAUUUCAUUUACACAACCAAUGUUUCUGAUGUUAGACACUUUACGUGAUGAAAAUCCCACAAAUAAGCGAGCUGGUGAAACUUGGAUGAGAUAUAACCAUAAAGCUUACUAUAGAAUUCUACAACCUAUGAUUGCUAUAUUUUGUGACUCGUCAAUACUCCGACGAAGAGCUGAAGUGCUUAUUGAUGGAGAAGUGUAUGAGACUCUUCAUUAUCAAAGACCAUUCAAUCAAGCACAAAUUGAUUAUGUCUUUGAGACCUUAUUAAGUAUGUGUCACGUUGGCGGCAAAAGCUUCUUAAAAGCAAUUCAAAAAACAGUUGAUAAAGUUGACAUAUUUUCUAAAUGUAGUUGGUUGCCUGAAAACAUUCCAUCUUUAACUUAUAGCGAAAUGUUUAUAAGGACAGCAUUGAUAUUCAUUGAAACUGAAUUACCAGAUUCUUUAAUAUCAUCUAUGAGUAUAUUAAAUGAUUCAAUUCAUGUGCAUGCUACAGAAUUUCUUCAUUUGUUGAUCUGCAGUUAUGAAUAUGUGGAUAAUGAUUUACUUUAUAUGGUGCAUGAGGGUAUUUUGCGUAAACUUCUUUAUUGUAUUUCAAUAAAACAAUUGGAUUUACAAUCAAGACUUUUACACUUGGUGUUAACCUCGGUUAUUACUAUUAGCUCUUUUGAUGAAAAUGUUAUAUCUGGAUCAUCGUCAUCAACAUCCAACUCGAUACCCUAUAUAAUACAAUUAUCAGGUUAUGAAGAUUCAGAAGCAACGAAAAACUCUACAAAUAAUAAAGGGUUAAUAAAUCUACGAAAAGAAGGAUCUUCCCAAUUUUUCGUUAAAGUUUUGUUAAAUGCUAUUUCAAAACUAUCAAAUCGACCACUUUUGCAAGAAUGGAUGGAUUUCAUACAAAUGUCUUUGCCAUACUUUCGACAGUCUUUUAACAUUAUUCUAGUACCUUUAAUUCGAUCUCUUUGUGAACAAUUGAGUAAGUGGAAAACAGAUACACAAAAUCAUUACACCAUUAUAGCUCAUAUUGGUAAACCUACACCAGUUGAAUGUAAAACAUCACAUCAUGAUUCAGCGACAAGUGAUUGGGACAUAAUUACUUUAUUGAAUGGAUUUGAAAAAAUUGUAAUAUUUUGCCUGCAGGAUAAAAUGUUGGCUGAAGUUGAUGGUUCAUCUUCUAGCGCAAAAACGUAUGAAGGGUUAACAGGGUAUGUCACAGGCGUUUUUUCAAUGGAUAUGGGUCCUAGUGAACCUACAACAACCGAGCCAAAGCCUCGAGAUUACAUUUUGAGUUUCUUUUAUCCAAGUAUUUCAUCAAUUAUUUUGGAUAUAUGGUCAAUAUUCAAUAAUAAUUAUUUUUCCAACAAUCAAUCACGAGUUAGAACAAAUCCAUUCAAUAUAUCAUUCACUUACAUGGGUGAAAAAGUAAAAAGUCGCAUAAAAAAACUGCUUGAGCAAUUAUACAGGAACGCACAUGCAGAACUCGUUGAAGCUUUUGUGGAGCUCUGGUACGUUGAUAAUCCUAACAUUAGUAUUCUUGGUCAAGAGGAUAUUGGAAAACUUAAUAACAAUGUUAUAGAAAUUUUGAAUAUUAUUCCUGGUUCAUCACCUGUUAAAAUAAUGACUACUUUAUUGGUGAUAGCACGUGGAAAAUCACAAAGUAUACAAUCUACACAGAGAACCAAAAAAGUUGGGUUAAUGACAGGCAAAUUAUCAGACAUUAUGAUUAUUCGAUUUUUGGAAUUUUAUUCAAGUACUGUAGGAAUUGAUUCCUUGAUUGAAAUAUGUCCACAAUGUAUGACCUACACCAAAGAAUAUUUUACAAACGGUACAAUGUUUAAAUAUAUUUUUCCCUCAUUACUCCGGUUUUUACAUGAGAUCUCUGAUAAAUUAACAAAUGCUAUUCAUUUUGAGGAUAAAAAAGUUCGUCGCGAUAUGCAGGACAUUUAUCAACGCGUCUUAGAUUAUUGUAUCUUAGUUGCAGGUCGAUCUUUUGACCAAGGAAUUUGGCUUAGAAAAUCAAUUCCACAAAAUGGGGAAUUCAUAACCACAAUCGAUGCAACGGAUGAGAAAGAAAUAGAAUCAAAUACUCGUUCGGAUACUCCGCAACCUGAUGAUAAAAAAUUUUCUUGGAAAUCAAAAGAAGAAUUCAUCAUUGAUCAGAUCAAUGUAUAUUUAUCUACAGUUGUAAUCCCCAAUAUUCGAAGGUUGUUUGCUGAUCAAGACCGUAUAACUUCAAUAUUGACAAAUUUAAUGUAUUAUGUCAUUACACCGAAUAUAAAAAAUCGUCAAAUUUCUGGGAAUGAGAACAUAAUACUUGAUAUUUUAAGUGAAAUUUCUCAAAUUCCCUUUGCCUAUCGUGUUUGGCGAAGAGAGGCCUGGGAUGUUUUUUUAGAUAACAGGUUUUUCAACAUGACAUCUGGGGCUUCAAAAAAAUGGCGAGUGAUUUUGCAAACAAUUAUGAUUUCAGAAAAAGAAAGAUUCACAGAAGUCAUAGGACGUGUGUCAACAUCAUCUGCCAAUACAUUGUUUGUUAGUAAAGAGCAAGAAUCUUUAAAUCGAGCACUGAGCUUAAGGCGAAUUUCAUUUGUUAUUUUUUGUGGAGCGAUUGAUCAAUAUCUUCCACAACUUCCUAGUAUUUUAGAAAAAUUGGUCGACUUAUUUAAAUUACCAAUGACAGAAUUGGUUCAUAUUGAGAUAUAUUUGUGUCUAAGAAUAUUAUUAUGUAGAUUUUCUAAGAGACAUUUAUCAAAUUUUUGGCCAAUUUUGUUAACUGAACUGGUGAAGCUUUUUGGAAUAUUUAUACAAAAUGAAAAUCCUGAACGGCCAGAAGCGGUCAAUGUAUUUUUGUCUGCAUUUAAUGUAAUAAAUCACGCACUUGAAUGGUCACCUUAUGCUUUAAUGGAUAAAUUGGGCGAUCAUUUAUCAGGACAAACGGUUGAUUUGUCAGGAUUAAGAGCUGGAGUUCCAUUAGCACCAAUUCCUGAUUCCUUAAAUCAGGAAAGCAAACGUCCAAUGCUCACACUUAAAAGUAUUAAUAAUGUUAGACAAUUAGAAUCAUUUAUUAGAAAUAUUAGUUUAUAUGUUUAUCAAUGUACCUAUACACUUUCUCAACCUGAUAUUCCAUAUAUUGAAAAUUUAUUAGAAAGUGAUUUAUUAGAAUCUGAUGGAAAUGAAUCAAGCAGUAGUGGUUCGAAUAGUGUAGAAGCUACCGUUUAA